UCGGCAAUACUCUUCUUAUUGAAACAAAGGUACUCGUGGCCAGAUAGAAGUCACGGCUAAAGAUCACCUUAGAAGUGUAUUGCGCGCUACGAGAUAAACCAUGGGGAAAGAAUGCGUCCUUAAGCGCUUUUCACGAUGGUUUUGGCAGGCGUGGAUGGUUGGUGGUUUAAGGGCUCCAGAUAGCCUUCCAGAAUUUGCGGUCACGCAAGAUUCACAAUUACCGGGCGUUCAUCAAGAUCCGCCAGGAUUGGUGCAACGGUCUGACACCAUAGAUACACCAUUUGCUUAUCUCAAAUCCGACAGAGGGCUAGAGGGACCACCCGCUAAUGGUCCUGCCCUGAAAAGUCACCCAUGCAUGGCAUGCAAGGCUUGGGGUGUGUCGUGCAAUCAACAGCGGCCGCGCUGCACUCACUGUCUCGAGCAACAGAUCCUUUGCUUCUAUGUGGCUCGUGCUCCGAAAUCAUCGAAAAAGUCAACAGAUUUGAAGGAGGGACUCAAUCAGCUGAACGAUUAUCCAGAGCUACGCCUUUCAGGCGAAGUACUACAUUGACAUGUAAAGUUGAUGUCUGGUGUUGGAUUUAUUGGAUUGU